AUGGCUUCGAACGCAAAUCAACUUGUUCUAUUUGAUGGUGACGAUGAUCGUAUGGAAAUCAUUCUCGGCAAUAUCAGAGGGUUAUCAAAAGUUCCCGGCAGCUGUAAAUUCUACAUCUUUUGUGCUGAUCCAACGUUAAUUCAGGAAAAAAUAAUGCCACACCCAGGUAUAUCUAAUGUAUCUGUACUGCCGUCUUCAAAUGGUCAAAAUAUUAUCGAUACCCUCAAAAAGGAAUGCGAUCAUUUCACAUCGAUAAUCAUUAUCAUUGGUUCGAAUUCUUGCAGUGCUGAAGAACUGUUCACUAAGCAAAAAUACCAUGGGAGAAGUCGGCUAUUCAUUCAGACAGUCAGCAAUCCGCCGGAGAUCACCCUGAACGAAAUUAUAGGUUUAGUUAAACAACAUAUGCCAAGUUGUAACGAUGACGAAGUGUUUGUCAAAUAUGGAUGUAAUCACUGUAAGGAAUCGUUUGAUUUACAUGACGAUCUUCUGGAACAUAGACGAAGCAUUCAUAUACAAGAUCCGAACAUAAAAGUUUAUUGGGAUCUGAAAAAAAAUCUUGCAAUGCACAAGAAAACCAAUGCGAAUUGCCAAAUCGUCAAAGAAUUGGAAGUUUCUUGUGAUGAGUGUGGCGACUGGUUUGGCAGCAAUGACGAACUUGCAAAACAUGUUGAAAAAGAACACUCGAGUGCAAAUGAUUUUUAA